AUGCCGAAAUCGAUCUCUUGUCCGCACGCUGGAUGCGGCUAUCUGUUUGGCAAACCAGUGCAUCUUCGUCGUCAUCUCCUUUCCCAUUCGGACAAAGCCGUGUGGAAAUGUCCCGAUUGCGAUCAGGACUUCAAACGUAUCGACAGCUUCCAGCGCCACAAGAAACGCAUCCAUCCCGAUCAGCCCAAUCUGAUCGCUCUCAAGAUCGCUGCUGAUCCUGCCGCGGAUAGCAGCAUCGAGUCCGAAGACGAUGACCACCUCGACGACCGUAGGCAUGGCCUACACCUUUCCUCCAAUGCCGCUAUUCCACAGCAGGCGCUUCGUCCAUCAGCCUCGUCCUGUGGUGGCGCUUCCUCUUCCCCAGCUUCCUCACGACCCGCUGCUUCUUCUCCCAACUCGGCUUGCCAUAGGCCGCAGCACUAUCAUCCAUAUCUGCGCAACCACGCUGGCUCCCAGCCCACAACAUCCCCACAGCAGCAGCAACAACCGCAACCGCAACCGCAACCGCAACCGCAACCGCAACCGCAACCGCCAGCGAGCGACACAUCCAAUAUCGCUCAAGGUCCAUGGCAGACGCAGAACGGUCCAUCUCAGCUUUAUGACAACAACAACACUGCCAACUACGCCAAUCUAUAUAGCGCACCAAUCUCGUAUCAUGACUACGGCAGCCUCGUCUCUUCAGGGCUUGCUCCCUCAGGCCCAGGCUACGGUCAACAGGCUUCAGAUCAGGCCGCUCCACUCUCGAUAGCUUCACUCACUCAAGCCUCUCCAUCGUGGUGGUCAAGCUCCAAUUCGGAUACGGAAGCGCACAACUUCUUCGACGACAUUCUUCAGUCCAUCCUCAUGGAUUCCAUUUCCAGCUUCGUUCCUCACGAGACCAUCGCCCUACCAUCCGACUUCCACCAAAGUAUGGCCACUAGCAAUAUGCCUAAUGAGGUCUUUGCCUUGGCUCAACAGAACAGCCACCCUCCGCCUUCCAAUCAGCCAAUUCAAUCCCAGCAGCAAAACCAACACAUGCAUCCCAUUCAACAGCAGCAGCAAUCAGUAUCGCAGCCAGCUUCAGCAUUUCCAAACCAGCAACAGCAGUCGUCGCAGCCACAAGACACGCAGCCACAAGACACACAACCACAAGACACGCAACCACCACCAGCUUCAUCAUCGUCACAUCCUGUCCCGCAACCGCUUGCCAACCUGAUGCCCUUUGCCACCUUCACCGAAUCAGCACACAACUCCGGAAGGUCGACUCCAGCCACGUCCCGACAUCCACCCACCAACGGCAACAUGGAAGAUACAGACGAGAUGACACGCCUCGUCGAAAAGGUAGGCGAUCAAGCAGCUACCAGCGUUGGCGCACGCACUUGUGAUCUCAUCUUGCACGGCGUCAACAUUCCCAAGAAGCCGCCACGUCUCACUGCUGCAUCUCUCUUCAGUGCUGCAACUCGCCAUACACGCUCCAUGCUGCCUCUCUUACCCUCUUACUGGCUCCUUGAUUAUCGUCGCCUGGCCGCCGAACGACCCUACGUCUUCAUCUCCUUACUCGCCAUUGGCACGCUCUGGCAGCCAGAUGCCCAUGUCAAAGCCUAUGGAGCCGAACUCUGGCAACUCAUCUUCCGCAGUAUCUGGGCUGGCGCUGUCUUCUACCUUGAUCAGCCUCAACUCAUGCGCGAAGCCACCGCCGUGAUGGCCUUCACCCAUCUCUACGCAUUCCUCUGCCCUGACCAAGGCAUUCGUCGUAAGUCGAUUCAUUCCACCUACACCGGCAGCUCUCUUACUCGAGAGUAUGGUUGGCGUCAAGGCAUUUGGUUUCUUGUCGGGCCAUGGGAAGAGUCAUUACAGCGACUACUUGGUCCAAAUCUGCAAAUGGCACUGGUGGAGCUGCAAAUUCUCACUCGAGAUCAGAACGCCAAUAAGCUCUCAGCCGAUCAGAAGAGUCUGCUCGAUCGUUUGCACAGUCUGUGGAAGCAGUGGUCCGACGCAGAAGAGGUCAAUCGUAACAUGAUCUUGCACAGUGUCACCGAGUCGCAUCACUCCGAGUUCCUCUCGAGCUACAGUCAAAUGCGCGGGAUGGGGAGGAUCGCUUGUCAGGCCCUCGUUCCUUGUGCCGACGAUGUAUGGGAUGCCAAGGACGCAAUCGAAUGGGCCAAUUUGGUGCUCGAGCAUAAAGCGACGCGUGAAAGCCACGAUCGACCACUCUGUUCAGGAAAGAGGCAGCUAGGUCCUAUCUUGGAUGCCCUCUUCGACAUCGAUGCACCAUCAGCUGCAACUGAAAAGAGCCAACAAAGCAGCCAGCAUGGCGCUCAGCGCGACAAAGACAAAGCCAAGGAUGACUUGCAAAGAGGUCUCUGCUUCACAGUCAAGGAGCACUUUGUUCUUUACAGUUUGCUCGAAGGAUUGCAUUUGCUGUGGAUCGCUCGACACACACCACCUUUCCGCACGGGUACAUCCUAUGCUGCCGACUUCAGCCCAACUCAGUCCUCGUUUGGAGCCGGUCUAGAGUCUGUCUUCUGCCUCAAAGGUGGCACUGCAUACCACAAGAUCAAUGUGUUGCACGACGAAAAGAUGUUGACCGCCCUCUCAAGAUGGAUGCGACUCUACCAUCAAUCCUUUAUGCCCAAUGUGAUGACCAGCUCGACCGGUCUUGGUCGACCAGAGGCGAACGGCAAGCCUGCAACACGUCCCGGCAGUACACGUGCUCCCAAUCUCGGACCUAGCAACGACCGCUUUCAGCUGCAUUUCCGCUAUCAUGUCAUCCAGCUCUCUGUCCUCUUCGACGCGCAUCACGUCGUGCAUGCACUCGUUGCCACAUGUGGCGACAAGAGCGAAUCAGCCUCUUCAUCCACGUUCAAUGCAGCCAAGGGCGCCAUUAACAAUAGCAACACCACAGCACCUACUGGCGUCCAAGCCCACGUUCCACUUUGCUGCCAAAGCUGCCUCGACCCGGACUCAUGCCCCUACCGCAACACCCGCCUGCAACGCUGGGCAGCAGUCCACGCCGGAGCAGUGAUUGGCAACUUCAUGUCUAUGCCUCGCCUCUCCAUUCUCAACCCAACCAUCCUGGAAGGUCUCGGACAAGCAUUCGGCAUUCUCGUCCUUCUCUGCCGUCUAGAGCGUUCACCAGCUCAACGUCGACGCACUUGCUGCAAAUGCUCCGCUGAAGUGCGAGAGGCACCGAUCGAACUGAUCUCCGAUCAAUGUCUGCAUUUGGAUGCCGAGAGACGCAGUCCAGGGGACAAGGUGGAGGAAAUGGCAGAGAUUAAGUUCGAUUCGAGCAACGAUUGCUGGUUGCAACACGGCACUCUGGAGGAAGGAGCAAUGCUGUUGGGUCAGCCAAUUCAGGAUUGGCCGUUGGUGUUGCAGGAUAUGGGCAACCGCCUUAAGGGGGCCGCAGGGACAUGGCAGGUGGCGGAAGAGUUUUUGGCCGUGGCACAGAAGAUGUUGAAGAGCUAUACUUUUUACGUUGAUUGA